AUGCUGUGCAGAACCGUCCUCGCCGCCCUGUCCGCUUUUGGCGGCGCGGUCCAUGCCAUGCCCCAGUUCAGCAACACUGGCCCAUCUACCGGUGGGUCCGGCCCAUACACGGCCGACUAUUCGACCACCGACGCGCUCCCUCGACACACCCUAUACUACCCGAAAGACAUUCCCGAAGGCCUUCGCCUACCCGUCCUCAUCUGGGGCGAGGGUGGGUGCGCCGCCGACGGCCUUCAAUUCCUAGGCUUCCUCAACGAGGUGGCUUCGCACGGCUUCUUCAUCGUCGCCAGCGGCGCUCCCAACGGCUCGGGCCAGACGACCUCGGAGUGGAUGACCGAGGCUAUCGAUUGGGUCACUUCGGAUGAGGCCAAGGCCGCGCAUCCUUACAUUGAAAGCUCCCGCAUCGCCGCGGCCGGCCAGAGCUGUGGCGGCGUCGAAGCCUACGACAUGGUGCCCGAUGAGCGCGUUGUUUCCAUCGGUAUCUUUAAUAGCGGGCUCAUGCAGCCGGCCAGGUCUGAGGCGGUGGCGCCGACUGUCAAGAAGCCCAUAUUUUACUUUAUCGGGGGUUCUGCUGAUAUUGCCUAUGCCAACGCUGAACGGGAUUGGGCGCUUCUCCCGGCCGAUACCCCUAGGUGGAAGGGCAACCUUGCUGUCGGUCAUAGCGGCACCUAUCGCGAGUUGGAUGGCGGCGCGUUUGGCGUCGCUGGCACGCGUUUCCUGCAAUGGACUUUGCGAGGGGACACCGAGGCGGCCGAGUUCUUCACCGGCGGAGAGGCGGAAGCGGCCGGCUGGGCUGUCGAGUCCGGGAGUCUUGAUAAGAUUGAUGUGGAGCCUUUGGAGUAG